CAUGAAAUUGAACAUGCCAUUCAGCCAAGGGCCAGGGAAGUUAAGCAGUCUUUGUGUUCAUUUGGAUUUUUGGUGACUGCAGUUAAGACGUUUUGUUUGGUUAUAUUUUUCUACACCUUUUCUAUUGGACUUACUUUCUACAAUCAGAGAUUUAUUAGGCAUUUUGAAGUUCCACUUUCACUUACAAUGGCUCACCUGGUUGUGAAAUUCAUGAUAUCAGCAUUCCUAAGAACUCUGCUCUCCAUUUAUUUGAAAGAGGACAGAGUUCUCCUUCCCUGGGGUGAAAAUUUGAAAAAAGUAGCCCCAACAGGCAUUGCCAGCAUUAUGGAUAUUGCAUUAUCAAACUGGAGUUUUGAAUUUAUUACAAUUUCUUUAUAUACCAUGACCAAGUCUACUGCUGUGAUAUUUAUUUUAGGAUUUUCUUUAUUGUUCAGACUAGAGAAGCCUAGGCUGGUGUUGGUCUUUGUGGUGCUAUUUAUAGCUGGUGGCUUGUUCAUGUUCACAUUCCACUCUACGCAGUUCAACAUGAAGGGUUUCAUCAUGGUCCUCUCGGCCUCUCUCUUAUCCGGUCUCAGGUGGACUCUUGCUCAACUGGUCACACAGAAACAAAAAUUAGGUUUACACAAUCCUCUGGAUUUAAUGUAUCAUAUUCAGCCCUGGAUGAUGAUUGGGCUGCUUCCAUUGUCUGUUUAUUUUGAAGGGAUUAAGCUGAGUACUAAAGAGGACUUUUUUGCUUACACAGACACAGCACUCAUCAUAAGAAAUCUAGGACUAGUAUUUCUAGGAGCCUUUAUUGCUUUCUUUUUGGAAUUUAGUGAAUUUCUAUUAUUAGCCAAUACAUCAAGUUUGACCCUUUCAAUAGCAGGCAUAUUUAAGGAGGUGUGCACAUUGUACUUAGCAGCUAGUGUUAAUGGUGAUAAGAUGAAUUUCAUUAAUGGAAUUGGUCUUAUUGUCUGUUUAUCUGGGAUCUCAAUUCAUGUCAUUGUCAAAGCUGUUAGUGCUCGUGGCAGCAGUAAAAAUGAAACUAGACUUUCCCAGGAAGAGACUAUGGAAAUGUUGAGAGCUGACGACUCAGAAUCCGAGGAGAGUGACAUUUUUAAUGCUAAAACAGACCGAUGACUCGGAGUAUUAAUGUGCAAUGAUAAAUAUCAAAUUUUUAAUCUUAUUUAACUGUUAAGCAUUAACUUUCAUAUCAUAUUCAUCUAUUAUAUAAUUUUGUAAGAUGUAUUUUUAAAUGUCUUUACUCAUAAUAAAUUAUUUUGUUGUUAC